AUCCUUCAACUGAAUCGAGUCGCAGGUACAGCGUGAAGCAAACGACGGUAGUUAUAGACUACCAGCAAGGCAGCACCACACCCUCAAAAGACGUCUUCUACGACAUUCUAGCACUAACAUUGCCAUCAAGCAUACAGUUGGAAUCAUGUGCCUUGCCCCUGACAGUCGAUAGGAUUGGUCGAUAACUACUUGAAAUUAACAGAUCUUAAAGGUCUCGACUGUGCACUACAGACAUGAAUUAUUCCGUAUGAUCACAAUGUUUCGGGGUGCAGUUGUCUCCCUAAUAUAUAGCCAUACACUGUCUCUGCAAGCCGAUGUCUAUGAUGAAUCAGCAUCCGUCACUCUCAUGAGUACCGAUGUUGAUAUAAUUGCUCAAUCUCUACAGCAGGUUAACGAAGCUUGGGCAAGACUCAUAGAGAUCGGAAUCGGCAUUUGGCUUCUAGAGAGGCAACUAGGUGCAGUAUGCGUCGCUCCAAUCGUCGUUGUCCUCGUAUGCACUUCCACGCAGAUGUAUAUGGCUAGUUUCAUGCCUACAAAACAGAAGGCCUGGAUCCAGGCUAUCCAGAGACGAGUGAGCAUAAUAUCCGCCGCGCUAAGAUCCAUGAAGAGUGUGAAGAUGCUCGGGAUCUCAGAACAAAUUGCUUUUACUCUUCAGGGCCAGAGGCUGCGAGAACUGAAGCUAUCAAAGAAGUUUCGAUGGCUUAUAGUCUGGGUCAACAUCGUCGCGAGUUUGCCACAAUUAUGUGCACCACUCAUAACCUUUGCUGCCUUCAUAAUACGUGCAAAGGUGAACCGCUCGCCGCAACUCUCAACUGCACAGGCGUUCACUUCGCUUGCCAUUGUUUCGCUGAUAACCAAUCCCGCACUUCAACUGCUGGCAUCUAUACCUGCUAUCACUGCUGCCUUCGGAUGUUUUUCUCGGAUCCACGGGUUUCUUGUCUCUUCAUCAAUUGUCGACAUACAGGACCACACAAGCCUCGCAAGUAGCAAAUCGAGCCUACCCUCCGAUCGCCAUCGCCUACCUCAUGAGACUGGAGAAACCAUAGAGAUACGUCGUAUCAAGACAAAAGAGGCUAUGGACAGAGCUCCUAAGACCAUCCUCACUCUGUCUCAUGCCAUCAUACGGCCUGUUCGAGAUGGUGCUUUCUACCUUCAAGACAUUAAUUUGCACGUCGAACAAGGAACCCUGACGAUCCUCACUGGACCCGUGGGAUGCGGCAAGACAACAUUGCUAAAGGCCAUUUUGGGUGAAAUUCCUCUUGAGAGAGGGGCUGUAAAGAGGCAGACGUCAGCAAUAGCUUACUGUAGCCAAAAUCCCUGGUUACAGAACACCUCGAUCCUAAACAUCGUAUGCGGACCGUCCGCCCUAGAUCUCGAAUGGUACCGGGAAGUGCUUCAGAGCUGCGCCCUCGAUCACGAAAUCUCACAAAUGCCUCUAGGGGAUAAGUCAGUUGUGGGUAACCGGGCGCUGAUACUAAGUGGAGGGCAAAAGCAGCGUCUGGCUCUGGCUCGUGCUGCAUACUCGAGAGCAAGAUUAGUCGUCCUCGACGAUGUCUUCAGUUCACUCGACACUCGGACAGCCCAUGUUGUCUUUGAAAAUCUCUUAGGGAAACAUGGCCUGUUCAGGAAGCUGGGCUCCGCGGUAAUCCUGGCAACACACUCCGCUAUACCUCUCCUUUUGGCUGAUAAUAUAAUUGUCUUUGAUCCUGAGGGCCACAUCACAGGACAAGGCUCUUUCGAGGAUUUGAAAAUGACAAAUACCUAUAUCAAACAGAUGCUCGCUACAUCGACGAAGAACGAUUCGAAUCAUGCAGACACCAAUAAAUCCGAUAGCACCCUUCGCAAGACGGUCAAGAAACCAAGUGAUGAUGAUAUUGCGGAGGUAGCUCGCCGCACUGGCGAUAUAGCUGUCUACAAAUAUUACCUGAGGGCAAUUGGUUGGCAGCAUACACUGCUAGCGAUGAUGAUCAUUACAAUCUACUCAUUCUCAGCGAACUUCCCUCAAGUAUGGAUCAAGUGGUUCACAGAAAGCAAUGGGCAGGAUCCCGGAAGAUUCAUGGGUAUAUACGUUCUUCUUGCGGCAAAUAAUGAUCAAAAUAGUAGUGCGAUCUGGUGCCGCUUUACACACAAAACUCUUGUCGAGACUGUAAUGCGAGCGCCGCUACGCUUCUUUGCAGAAGUCGACUCGGGAACCGUCCUGAACAGAUUUAGUCAGGACAUGACACUCGUUGAUGCAGUACUCCCAACGAUGACGUUUGGAACAUUUAUGGGUAUUACGGAAUGUUUGGCACAAGCAGCCUUGAUAUCACUAGGAUCAGCUUACAUGGCCAUUACCAUAGCUCCAUGUUUGCUUGUUCUAUACUGCGUGCAGAAGGUCUACUUGCGCACAUCACGACAGCUACGGUUCUUGGAUCUUGAGGCGAGAAGCCCUCUGUACGCACACUUCGUCGAGACACUUGAAGGUCUAUCGACUAUCAGAAGCUUUGGGUGGCAGUCUGCCUCUACAGAAGAGUUUAUUGGUCACCUCGACGUAUCACAGAAACCGUAUUAUCUUCUGUACUGCAUCCAGCGAUGGCUGAACGUUGUGUUGGACCUCCUUGUCGCCGUCCUUGCUGUUAUUGUCAUCACUCUGGCGACAUCCUUGCGUAGCACCACGAAUCCAGGAAAUCUUGGAGUCUCUCUUACUGCAAUUCUUUCAUUCAAUCAGACACUACAGAACCUGGUAACUAGUUGGACCUCGAUGGAAACAUCUCUUGGUGCAAUUGCGAGAACAAGAAUGUUCGAAAUGAAGACUCCAUCUGAAAAUGGGGCUGGAGAAGAUUUCAUACCUGAACCCGGCUGGCCUGCUCAGGGAAAUAUAGAAAUCCGUUCCCUUACCGCCUCUUAUGACGGAACCACAAAUGCUCUAGAAGGCAUAUCAAUGAACAUAAAAUCCGGACAGAAGAUCGGAAUAUGUGGGAGAACAGGAAGUGGUAAAAGCACACUCUUGUCGAUUCUCCUCCGCCUCCUCCAGGAUAUCAAAACUGGAACUAUACUCAUCGAUGACAUCGACAUCAUUACUAUCCCGCGGGACCUUCUCCGUUCCCGCCUGAUCGCUAUCCCACAGGAUCCCUUCAUUCUUCCCGGCUCCAUCCGUUUCAACGCCGACCCCAUGGGAACUGCAACUGACGAAGAAAUCAUCUCCGCACUGACAAAAGUCCACUUGUCGAAGCUGCUCGAAUCUCGUGGCGGCGGCGGCCUGGAUGCAGAUUUAACCGAACAGACAUUAUCCCACGGUGAACAACAAUUAUUCGCUUUAUCGCGAGCUAUCCUUCGACGGGGUAAGGGUGGCGCUGGGCGGAUAUUGAUCCUGGAUGAAGCUACGAGUAGUAUGGAUGUUGAAACGGAUCGUUUGAUUCAAGAGGUAAUUCGUACGGAGUUCUCUGGUUACACGAUUUUAUGUGUUGCCCAUCGGAUGGAGACUAUUAGGGACUCGGAUAAGAUUGCUGUAUUGGAUGAAGGGAGGCUUGUGAGGUUUGGACCGCCUGAGGAGUUAGCGUGAUUUGAUUCUGAGAGAUUGUAUGUACUUGGGUUUAUCCCGUAAUCUUGUUAGUACGUGGGAUGCUGAAAAUAUUAUUAGCUAUUAAUUACC